GAAAAGUUCAUAAAAUGAUUUUCCUUCACAAAGAAGAUAGAGUCAAAUUAAUAACAUCACGUUUUUGACAGCCAUCCUUACUCCUGAAAGCAGAGAGGAUGUUACAGAAGAAGUGUCCUCAAGUUAUAUUUCUCUUCUACAUCUCAUUGACAUUUGGAAAUGGACUUGAAUAUCUGAAGUAUUUUUUGAAAGUAGAAAACGCUCUUCUCAAGGACAGUAAAACAUUGAUGACACUUGACGUGGAUGCCUUCAACUGUUCAGAGAGGUGUUUUGAAACUUCGGUGUGUAAAUCCUUUGUGAGCAGAACGAUGAGUCCACGAUGCAUUUUAUACGAAGAUGACUCAACAGAGAAGAUACUAAUAAAAGCAACUAAUACCCAUUUUUAUCAGUUGAGAAGAUCUGUGCCGACCAAGUUUAGAGACGGAAAAUGCCCCUUGGAUAUAGUUGACAACGCUUUUCUCCCUGGUAACAAUGAUAUUGAGACGUCUGUUCUUAGUUAUACGAUGUGUUUCUAUAGGUGUGAGGAAAAACCAAAUUGUCAAUCGUUUGACUACGGUAUAAGUGAUAGAAGAUGCAUUUUGUCAAGUAAAAAUCAUAAUGAUUCUGUUGCGUGGUAUGGCGCACAAACACUUUACACUGAAAUAAGCAGAGAACUUUGGAAUGAUUUCAAUCAGUCACAUACAUUGGAGGACAUCAACGCCGCAGGAUGUGCUUUCGGUUCCUAUUUUAUCCUUGAUAAAAAAGAAAUUAAUGGCCAGACAACUUAUUCAACUUUUUCCUUCAAACCAAAUUCACAUCACAACCUUGUAAUCGAGGCCCAAGUGGACGCCCGCUCGGUCUUGGAUUGUUCACGUUUAUGUAUGUUAUCUUCUACAUGUACCGCCUUUUCAUAUACUAACACUAAGUGCCUGCUAAAGAAACUGAUCUGAACUUCAAUGGAAUUCACUCCAAAAUUAUUUACUUCUCAAUGAAAUGUGAGCAAGAUUUCAACGGAUCAUGUUUG